GCCAUGGGUUAUCAGUCGCAAAACCGCAAUCCCAUCGACCGGCAGCAGUAGCAGGAAUCGAAAGUUCCGGAUUGUGGCGUUAAAAGUGCUGAAGAGCCGGAACGGAACCGGAAACGAUUCUUGUGUUGAUUCUGGUGCUGUUAGUUCUAAGUGUUGCGGACUAUCUGCAGAUUCUGUGGAACUGGUGCAGGGGAUAUUUGUGAUAAGGAAUUAGAGGCAGAUUUUUCUUUUUUUGGAAGAUCAGUAGAAUGUCUAGUUUUGUGAUGUUGACUGUUCCACAGACUAAGGUGCUGGUUUAUCUGAGCCUGAUGAUGGUGCUGCUAUCGGCGACCAAAAUGUGCAGAGCUGAGAGUGAUAUGGAAGUAUCCAAGCGUGGACCCACCGUGGGGCUGUUUGCGUUUCCACGCGUUGGCCGAUCAGAUCCGGAACUGGGGGACUUGUGGGCCGAUUCGGCCGCCAUUCCAAGUGACCUUGCUGACGAGUAUGAUGACUACCAAUCGCUGCACAAACCCAAACGCCAGGGUCUGGUCCCGUUUCCUCGGGUAGGACGUUCCGGCGGACCGGCCCGUUAUCCUCCGGUGUCCCUGCCCUUCGCCAAUGCCAAUUCCGCCGGAAGUGCCUACCAGUAUCUGAUGGCCGCCUCGAGAGCUGCAGCAGCAUCGCAGCAACAGAAACGGUCCAGCAAUCCGGGCGCGGCCAACAGUGGCAUGUGGUUUGGACCACGGCUCGGCAAACGUGCCAACUUGCCAUCCUCCGAGAUCAAAGCAAACGAACUCUACACACCCCGCCUUGGCCGUGAUUUGGAGGACUUGGACUCCCACGCUCACACAAGUAGACUAGCGGACUAUGAGCGUCUGUUCCGAUUGUCUCCAGCACCUGAAAAUGUCUAAAUACCUAUGCGAUUCACUCUUAUCACGCCGCGAACUUCUCUCGAAAUGAUCUUGAAAAAACUUCAGUAAUUCUACCUUAAGAUUCUUCAGUUAAUCUUGAAAAUUUUACCAAUUCAACACAUUAAUAAUAAAUUCAAAGGCUGGAGGAGGAUUUUUCCCGAUAGGAAUGUUUGCACGCUACAAUCCUCUUGCGAAAAAUACUUCUAAUCAAUGGAAAACCUAAAGUUAAAGUUUUCCUUAAAAAUUGGUGAAAUUUUCGAAAAAAUAAAUUUACUUUUAACAAAUAAACAGCACGAUCAGAUUGAUAGCUAAUGUUAAAGUUUGGUUCCCAACCAAAAACAAAAAACACACACUCUCUCUCUCUAACAAACACUCACUUGCAUCGUUAGUGUAAAAUAUUAUAAACAAAUCAGAAGGAAAAGCAUACACACACAAUCAAUAAUUGCUUAAAAGUUCGCGUUAGAAAGUUAUAGGCAAGCUCUCUACAUCUACAUAUAAACAUUCAAAUGAACGGUCAGUAGAAUCAAUGAAAAAAAGUUCACAAAAAAAAAAGUUUAAA